GCAUCCAAGGAAAACAUGCACACAGUGGCGCACACACACGCAUUCCUCUCCUUUAUCGUUGCGUCGUUGGUGCGUAACGAGUGUGCGUCAGGAUUCGGCGUUUGGCUCCUUCUCGGUGGUGUGGCGAUGGAUUCAAGGAUUUUUCACGCUGCUCUCCUGCUUCUCUUCGGUUUGGCGACAGUUGCCGCUCAGUCUUCCUCACCUGGCAUAGUGUGUGAGGCAAAGAACGGGACAAGCUGCGAGGAAUGUCUGAGCAAUGUGACGUGCUUGUGGUGUCAAACAACCAAGGCGUGUGUCACGUAUCCAGGGAGGACCAUCCUUCCACCCCAUGCCCUCUGUCCACUGAAUGAAGCCCGCUGGGGGCUCUGCUGGAUGAAUUUCCAGACAUUGAUAAUCACCUUGGCAGUGCUCGGAGGAAUUAUCAUCAUCGCCUUCCUGGUCUGCCUGUUCUGCUGCUGCAAGUGUGAGAACUUUGGAUCCAAGAGGUCGGAGGCCAAGAUUCAGAAACAGUUCAAUAAGACGAAAACAAAGCAGGAAGAAAGGAGAACAGAAAUGAAACAGAGACAUGAAGAAAUCCGGAAGAAAUAUGGUCUAAGUGGUCAAAAUCCGUAUUCCAAAUUUGCAUGAGAGGAUCUGUGAACUGAGAUUUACACCACGACCAUUUUUUUUCUUCUCACACAACGACCCAUCAACAUCCUGUCUAGUGGUUAUGAAAAGGAGAUGUGUAAAUUAAAGUAGACUAUAAUUUAAGACAAUUUGUAGUUUGGUUAAGGCAGUCUCGUCUGGCUUCUUCCAGCCAACAGGAAUGUUGUAUAUGAUGUGAUGACUUAAGAGGCUGUAUCCAAAGGCUAGAAUAGACACUAGAAUAGGCAGAAAUGUUCUUUUAGACUAUAAUAGUCAAUCCCGUGGCUCAUAUAGCAUCAGUCUACUUGCUAUUUGUUAGACUGUUGUAAUUUUUUUAAUCAAUGAUUUAAGCCAAAAAUACUUACCUUUAUGGGUCUCUCUGGUCGAUCUGGCAGCCAUUGUUGCCGGCUGGACAGUGUAUUCUGGCUACCCCUUACCUUCAAGUAAGCUCACGGCUUGGCUUGAAAAUAAGGGGUAUGUUGCCCUUCCCCUUGGCCCUACCCCUUGAUCAAAAGGGGGAUUGGGACAGCCCUUACUCUCACAUGAACGUGCAAAACUAAUGGGAAGGGGAAGGGAUAAGAUAGAGAAAUGAAAUUCAGCCUAACUCUCGAGGUAAUUGUACAGAAUAGAAAGAAUCAAUUUUGGUUGCUGUAUAAUUCUUAAUUCUUUCUGCAUAUUGUAGCAGUGUAACCUCCUAUCUCCAUGUUUCAUCAUUUUAAUUUUUUUUCCUAAAUCAAUGCUAUUGGCCUUUUUCGUUUUUUUGUUUCACAAAUAUUUAACCAGUGGCGAGGCAAUUUUGUCUGACUUUGUCGAAAGUUAAAUAGCUCAAAAAAAUGUUUUGAAUUUAGCAUUUUUUCAUUUCCUGAAAAGCAACAGUUUUGGACAUACAAGGUUUUCGCCUAAGAGCGACAAUAUGCAUAAUUUCAGAUGUGAUCCCUUUUGCUCCUUUGUGUAGCUGCUGAUUUAGAGAUAUACUUAAGAGAUGAUAACGUAUUUUUGAACUUUGUGUGAUUUUAAAUUGUAGGAGGCCAUGUUUAUUGUUACUGCAGUAUGUUCCACUAAUAGAAAUUGUAUUUAAGGUAUUAUGUUUGGUCAAAAUGUAAUCAUCACCCUUGCAUCCAGAAUUUGUAAGUAAUCAUUAACUUAAGUUGAAUCUCUGCCUAAUUUAACCUGUGUAUCCUGCAUAAAAACAAAAGCCCAAUAAAAGAUUUGGGAUUCAUAA